CUAAAAGUUCCAACUUUUUCCAGUUCAUCCACAAAUAUCUCUCUCUAUGUCUCCCCCUCUCAUUCUCAACAGAAAGAAGGUUAAAAAAGACAUGGCAAUUUGCAAUUGUGAAAGAACAAAACAAAAGAACAGAAAAAUACAAAUUUGAUAUUACUGUGCCACCCACAAAAUAAACAAAGAUCCAAAACCAAAACCAUCAUAUGGCCUGAGUGGCCUUCUCUCUCUCUCUCUCUCUCUCUCUCAUCCAAAUUUCCCAAAUCUUAACCCCAAACACCUUCUCCAACACCCCCAUGGCCUCCUCCAUUCCCACAAUUCUCACUACCCUUUUCAUCUUUCUCCUCAAAUCAACAAUUUCACAACAAAUCAACACAAACCCAAAAGACCCAGAUUGUACUGACCGUUGGAUCCACAUCAGACGCCUCCCCUCGCGUUUCAACACCGAUCUAUUAUCAAACUGUUCAGAAUACCCACUCUUCGAUGAUUUCUGUCCUUACCUUCCAAACCACGGCCUUGGCCAAAGGACUCAUUCCAAGUCCCACAGUUGGUUCCGCACAGACCCGUUGAUGCUCGAACUCAUCUUCCAUCGUCGGAUGCUCGAGUACCCUUGUCUCACACCUGAUCCCAACUCCGCUAACGCCGUUUAUCUCCCUUACUACGGUGGCAUCGACUCUCUCCGUUAUCUCUACGGCCCUGACGUUAAUUCCAGCGUGGAACACGGCCUCGAGUUGUUCGAUUUCGUUAAGGAACAAGAUAGUCCCAACGUUUGGGCUCGACACAAAGGCCACGACCAUUUCUUAGUCAUGGCUCGACCCGCGUGGGACUUGUCGCAACCUUUGUACAAAGACCCUCCUGUUUGGGGUACUUCGUUUCUCGAACUCCCUGAGUUUUAUAACGUUACGGUGUUGACGUUUGAGGCUCGAGCUUGGCCUUGGCAAGAACGUGCGGUGCCUUAUCCGACAUCGUUUCACCCACCAAACCUCUCGUUGUUGGAGUCGUGGAUACACCGCGUGAGGCGGUCGAGAAGGUCGACACUGAUGCUUUUCGCCGGUGGUGGCGGUGUCGCGGCCACCCGGAAUAUUCGGCGGAGUAUUAGAGAUGAAUGUGGGAAUGAUACAAGUAGUAAUGCUAAUAAUAGUAAUGGGUACGUGAAGUUGUGUGAAAUUGUGGAUUGCUCAAAUGGGAUAUGCGAGCACGACCCGAUUAGGUACAUGAAGCCAAUGUUAGAAGCGAGCUUUUGUUUGCAGCCACCAGGGGACACACCAACGAGGAGGUCCACGUUUGAUAGCAUUCUGGCCGGUUGUAUUCCGGUUUUCUUCGAGGAAUUGUCGGCGAAAAUGCAGUACAAGUGGCACAUGCCGGAGGAGGAGUACGAGGAGUUCUCGGUGUUUAUACCAAAAGAAGAGGUGGUAUAUAAGGGGCUGAAGAUUUUGGACGUGUUGAUGGGUAUACCUAGAGAUAGAGUUUGGAGGAUGAGGGAGAAAGUGUUGGAGUUAAUGCCAAGAGUUAUGUAUAGAAGACAUGGGAGUUCGGUGGAUUUAAGGACCAAGAAGGAUGCAUUUGAUAUUGCAGUUGAAGGUACUUUGCAGAGAAUUAAGUCUAGGCUUCAAGACCGUUCAGUGACUUUUAAUUAAUCAGAUGAUACCAUGAUAGAUUCUGUUUUUAUUUCUUCUCUGUAUAUGUAAUUUAUUGUUGUUGUUUUUUUUUUUUUUUACUUACCUUUUUGUUUUAAUUUACUUCUAUCUCACGAUAUUCACUGCCGAAGUAACAGCAGGGAGAAUUAUACCACUGUAUCUCAAUUUGGUAGUAAGUAACAAGAAGAUUUUGUUUUGCUUCUGGUAA